AUGGUUUACCAAGGCCCCUCACGGGGUUGUGUCUCAUGUAAACGGCGCAGGAAAAAGUGUGACGAAACUCGCCCGUACUGUCUGAGAUGCACCAAAGGCAACCGCAUUUGUGGUGGCUACGAGUCCAACCCGGAAUCAAUCUUCAGACAACACGAGGCGCUCGGUGAUUCUGACACAUGGCCAAAACCCUCGAUUGCACGAAAAUGCAGCCUUCCCAAGCGUGUCCCUAUACCGGGCUCCCCGGUCCCUAGUGACGGCUUUCCCCUAGAAGUGUCUCUAGCCCAGAGUAACCUCUAUUCGUUACAAGCAUUCUUCUACGAAUAUUGUAUCAUUCCAGGACAUCAUUCUCUAUCACUAGGCUAUCUAUCGGGCCUUGAAGAUCUGGCUGUCUCUCUUGGUCUAUCCUCGGAUGUUGUCAAGGCAUGCCAGGCAAUAUCUUGUGCCUCUCUGGGCAAGCAAAUGAAUAGACCGUACUUCGUACAAAGGGCCGAAACAUAUCAUCAAGACCUUCUUGGCUCACUGGCAAAGACGAUCCAGGAUUCACACCAGGCUCAUAACAAUGAAACAAUGAGAUUGGCUAUGCUGUUGGGGCUCUAUCAGAUUAUCAUCGCCAAUGAUGUUGAGCCUGGUAAACAUGAUGUCCAUGCUAAAGGACUAGCCGCACUCACCGAUAUGGGCAACUCACCUUUGUACUUGCUGCGAACAGUUAGACAGAAGGGCUUGAAGACCACACGGAAUGCCACUGUUGGCCAGACAUCAUCUAAACAACCCACUACGAUUGAGAAACCUCAAAAAAUAGCCGCCCUAUUUUCUGUUCCUUCAGCAACCAGACCUGACGAAAGCCUGGAUGACUUGCUUCUCUCUUUGAACGACUUGUGGGAAAGAAGCAAUAGCUGUUCGACCUUGCAGGACUACCUGCUGAUAAAAGACCAGUGCAAUGCGAUGAAUCAGAGGUUGGCACGAUGGCAAACCUCUCGACGUCCUGAGUUUCGCUCUACGACAAUUUCGAGCGUCCCCAGAAGUCAAAAACAGGACAAAACCGAGGUUGGAUACUGGGCUGGGAACGUGGACACCUAUUUUGAUCUCUACGUCGCUCACGUAUGGAACGUCUUUCGGACGGCUCGCCUUUUGCUCAUUGCGCUUAUGCACAGAGUCUGGCAGGCCUGCGAAAUGUCUGCCGACGUUGAUAGGUUAUCAGAAACCGCGAGAAGUCUUGCUGAUGACAUGAUAUCUUCAAUUCCCUUCCACCUGGUGGAAAGCUUACCGGAUUUUAUCAAAGAUCUGUCUACCAGCGAACAGAUAAAGCAUCCCGGCCGAGCAAUCGGUGGGUUACUUCUCACACACCCUCUACACAUCGCUUCCAACUUGCCAUUCCUUCCUGAGCCAACCAAACAAUAUAUGCGAGACUGUCUUUCAUGGAUUGGAUCUUGCAUGGGUAUUGGACAUGCCAGCGUGCUAGCAGAGGCGCGAGAAAUUGACCACGACUCUUUGAUGAGUGCAAUCGUAAUUGUGUGGUCAGGCUUCCUGGGGUAG